GCGCACGUUCCCACGCACGCUCCGGCGUACGGCGGCGGCCAGGGGUCGCGAGCCGGUGGAGGACCCGCGCGCGCCGAGGAGACCGGAGCGUCGGCGCUUCUCCCCUCCCUCCCCCCGCUCCCCUCCCCGCUCCCUCCCCCCUUCCCCAAGAAUGUUCCGCUACGAGUCUCUGGAAGAUUGUCCUCUGGAUGAAGAUGAUGAUGCAUUUCAAGGCCUGGGAGAGGAAGAUGAGGAGAUUGAUCAAUUCAAUGAUGAUACAUUUGGGUCAGGUGCAGUUGAUGAUGACUGGCAGGAAGCACAUGAGCGGCUGGCCGAGUUGGAAGAAAAGCUGCCAGUGGCCGUUAAUGAACAAACAGGCAAUGGAGAGAGGGAUGAAAUGGACUUGUUGGGUGACCAUGAAGAGAAUCUGGCAGAAAGACUCAGUAAGAUGGUGAUUGAAAAUGAACUUGAAGAUCCAGCUAUCAUGAGAGCAGUGCAGACAAGGCCAGUUUUACAACCUCAGCCGGGAAGCCUGAAUUCCAGUAUCUGGGAUGGAUCUGAAGUUCUGAGGCGAAUCCGAGGACCACUACUUGCUCAGGAAAUGCCGACAGUGUCUGUCUUAGAAUAUGCCUUGCCUCAGAGGCUCCCCCAGGGCCCAGAAGAUGACCGGGAUCUUUCUGAGCGCGCGUUACCAAGAAGAUCAACUUCACCUGUUAUUGGGAGUCCUCCUGUUAGAGCUGUCCCCAUAGGCACACCACCUAAGCAGAUGGCUGUACCCAGCUUCAACCAACAGAUCUUGUGUCCGAAGCCUGUCCAUGUUCGGCCCCCGAUGCCACCGCGUUAUCCUGCUCCCUAUGGUGAGAGGAUGUCUCCAAACCAGCUCUGCGGUGUCCCGAACUCUUCCCUCUUGGGUCAUCCUUUUCCUCCUAGCGUUCCCCCUGUUUUCAGCCCCCUCCAGAGAGCACAGCUUCUUGGAGGAGCACAGUUACAGCCUGGACGAAUGUCUCCCAGCCAGUUUGCACGAGUCCCUGGGUUUGUAGGUAGCCCACUGGCUGCCAUGAAUCCAAAACUGCUGCAAGGGCGAGUUGGGCAGAUGCUUCCCCCUGCACCAGGCUUCCGUGCCUUCUUUAAUGCUCCACCCACUGCUACACCCCCUCCACAGCAGCAUCCUCCUGGCCCUGGACCUCACCUGCAAAACCUAAGAUCUCAGGCCCCAAUGUUUAGACCAGAUACAACUCACCUUCAUCCACAGCAUCGGCGACUCUUACACCAGAGACAGCAACAGAAUAGGAAUCAGCAUCGGAAUCUCAAUGGUGCCGGAGAUCGAGGAAGUCACCGGAAUAGUCACCAAGAUCAUCUCCGAAAGGAUCCUUAUGCCAAUCUCAUGUUGCAGCGAGAGAAGGAUUGGGUCUCUAAAAUCCAGAUGAUGCAGCUGCAAAGCACUGACCCCUACCUGGAUGAUUUUUAUUACCAGAAUUACUUCGAAAAACUGGAGAAACUAUCUGCUGCUGAAGAUAUGCAAGGGGAUGGCCCUAAAAAGGAACGCACCAAGCUCAUCACCCCUCAGGUGGCCAGGCUAGAGCAUGCCUAUAAGCCAGUGCAGUUUGAGGGCUCUUUGGGGAAGCUUACUGUCUCUAGUGUGAACAAUCCUCGAAAAAUGAUUGAUGCUGUUGUGACAUCCCGGAGUGAGGAUGAUGAGACAAAAGAAAAACAGGUUCGAGACAAAAGAAGGAAAACCCUUGUCAUAAUUGAAAAAACCUAUAGUUUACUCCUUGACGUGGAGGAUUAUGAAAGGCGCUAUCUCCUAAGUCUAGAAGAAGAACGGCCUGUCCUGAUUGAAGAAAGGAAGCACAAAAUUUGUAGCAUGUAUGACAACUUGAGGGGCAAAUUGCCUGGACAAGAGAGGCCAAGCGAUGACCACUUUGUACAGAUCAUGUGUAUCCGAAAAGGGAAGAGAAUGGUUGCCCGCAUUCUCCCUUUUCUGUCCACAGAGCAAGCAGCUGACAUUCUCAUGACAACUGCCAGGAACCUCCCUUUCCUUAUCAAGAAGGAUGCGCAAGAUGAGGUGCUGCCAUGUUUAUUGAGUCCCUUUUCUCUCCUCCUCUAUCAUCUUCCAUCAGUGACUGUCACCAGCCUUCUGCAACAGCUAAUGAACCUACCUCAAAGUGCAGCCGCACCAGCACCCUCCAACCCUCACCUCACUGCUGUGCUUCAGAACAAGUUUGGCCUGUCACUGCUCCUUGUCCUACUGAGCCGUGGGGAAGACCUACAGAAUUCAGACCUUGCUACAGAAUCUACGCAAAAUAGCCAGUGGACAGAGAUGAUGUUCAUGGCAACCCGAGAACUUCUGCAGAUUCCCCAAGCCUCCCUGGCCAAGCCAAUCUCUAUACCCACCAACUUAGUGUCCCUUUUCUCUCGCUAUGUUGACCGGCAGAAACUGAACUUGCUAGAGACAAAACUGCAGCUGGUUCAGGGGAUACGAUAAAUGAUCUCCAGCUGUGUCCUGUACCUCCUUUUGGCUGCCACCUGCACUGCUGCCAUCACCAAUGGAGUGUUUUUAAUAAGGGAGGGAAGGUAGCUUAUUCCCCAAAGCAAAGUCUGUAGGAGCAAUUCCUGUGUUGGGGGGUUGUCUCCAGAUGCCAGGUGUUUCCCCACUGCUGUAUGAAAUUUGGCCAGGUGAUACUUCUGCUGGUUUCUUCUUUACCUUCUGUGUUAACACUUCUGCAUGUCCUGCCUUUACUCAAUUCUUCUUAAUUUUGCAUUUUCUUUGCCCUAGAGACACAAAUAUAAGAUCUCCCUUUAUCCUACCACCACUACUCCAAUUCAAGUAGAUCGUAGACUUCCAAUGGAUUUCUUCCCUAUACCACUGAAGUCUUUUAUUGUCCCAUAUUAAUAUGACUAUAGGAGAGCCAAUUAAGUAGAAGUCAAGAUAUAGAUACACAUUUACACACACAUGCACACACCCUAUCACCCUAUGCAUACUUUUACAUGGUCUCCAGUGGGUCCUUAAGGAAUGAGCUUUAGACUGAAAAAUAUUUAGUUGACAUAUACCUCCUUCUAAAUACAAACCAGCUGAUAUAUUUUUAAUGUUUCUAUUCCAUCUUGUAAUUUGGUGAGUUCUACUUGUUUUCAUAGAAAUACAGGGUAUACAGCAUAUCUGAUGAAGGCAGAAUUCAUCAGCUGAUGCCCAGCUCUAGGCUGAGAAGUCCUUUUGCUCCUCCCACCUGUUUCCUUUGUUCUGCCUCCCCCACCUCCUUAAUGGAAACAGCACACGGUUAAGCCUGUUCCUGGUAGAACAAACGGCGUGCUUGAGCCUGUCCCCUCAAGUGCAUUUAACAGUACCCAAGAGGGUCCUCACGAACAGCCUGCUUCUGCAGUGUAGCUCUGAACACUGGCACUGUCUUCCGCGAUGACUUUAGUAAGCCAUGCUUGUACUUCUCUCUUCCCCUUUUUGUUUAUUAUCAAGUAGGAACCCCCCGCCCCCCAACGUAGUCAUGGAAGCUACGCUUGGCCAGCUCUGCUCUUCAGUCUCUACCAACCCAGCUGCUCAGUCUCACCCAUGCCCCAUUCACACAGGCAGCCAGGGGCCUGGGUUUGAAUCUCAGCAGGGGCAGCCUGCCAUUUUCUUUUCUUAAACUUAUUUACCCUUCUGCCAUUCAGCAAUCAACCAGGAUAAGGAGUUUUGCUGCCUAGUGAUUAUAGUCCUGAAAAAAAAACCUUGAGUUUUAUAUUCCCACCCUGGUCUACUCUCUGCUGUUCUCACCUUUUUGAAUGUAGUCAGGGGGACAGGCUAUGAUACUUAAAGAGAAUAAACAUUUUGCACAUACAUGUAUUGUACAACAGCAGACUCUGUUCUAACCAGCUGUCCGUUUUCCUCCUCCUUCUGUUCUGUAGCCCAGUGACGCCACCUACUGACCACUUCCACCAUGCGCCUUUCCCUCCUUCCCCUCACAACCGAUCAAGUGAACACUUGAUUACUAUUUCUUCCUUCCUGUGCUUUAUCUUUUUGUUUGGUUCUAAUUAAUGAAAAUAAAAGUUUCUAAAUUUACA